AUGAACUUGUCGAAGGACGUCCGUUUUGCUUCUAAGAUGGCUUGCCUUAGGACAGCUGAUUGUCGUCUCCAGGUUUGGCUUGCCUUAGGACAGCUGAUUGUCGUCUCCAGACUUUUACGUCUUUGUUCUUCCAGUCUGAUCAGCAGUUUUGCGAAGGGCGUCUUGUCGUCUCCAGGCUUUUACGUCUUCCGUUCUUCCAGGUCUGAUGCCUUUGUUGCGAAGGGCGUCCCACUUUCUUUUCAGUUCCUCAAGGUGCGCGAAGGGCGUCCCGAUUUCUUUUCAGUUCCUCAAGGUGUCUAG